ACCGAGGCACCGACGGAAUGCUCCGGAUCGCCACAUAAUCCUCUGGAACGGCCGCGCCGAACGCCAUCGGCGUCUCCCUCUCCGCGCGCCGCCGCCGCCGCCGCCGCCGCCGUCUCCCACCUUCGCUUCACCUCCUCCUCCUCCGCUGCUGCUGCUGCCUCCGGAGCUGGGGGGCGACGCGAAGCCCCGCUGCGAUGGAGCCCGCCGCCGCAGCCCCGGCCCAGAGACUCGCGGACCCCGCGGGUGAGGACCGAGCCCCGGCGGCGGCGGCGGCGGCGGCCGAGGGCGGUCGGAGUCCGGAGCCCGCGCUGAGCGUGGCGGCCGCGAGCGGCGGGAACGGCGGCGCGGCGCGAGAGCAGGCCCCCCGCGAGGCGCCGCCGCCGGGGCCGAUGCCCGGCCGCGCGGGAGGCACCGGGCGCAGGCGGCGGCGCGGGGCGCCUCCGCCCGCGGCCGGCGGGGCCGUCCCGGGGCCCGCAGCCGCCGGCGGCGCCAAUUCGCUGCUGCUGCGGAGAGGGCGGCUGAAGAGGCAUCUGUCGGCCGCCGCCGCCGCCUCGUCGUCCUCGUCGCCUUCCUCGGCCGCCGCCGGCCUCCCGGCCUCCUGCUCGGCCUCGGCGUCGCUGUGCACCCGGAGCCUGGACAGGAAGACGCUGCUCCUGAAGCACCGGCAGCUGCUGCAGCUGCAGCCGUCGGACAGGGACUGGGUGAGGCACCAGCUCCAGCGCGGCUGUGUGCACGUCUUUGACCGCCACAUGGCCUCGUCCUACCUGCGCCCAGUGCUCUGCACGCUGGACACGACAGCCGCCGAGGUGGCCGCACGGCUUCUGCAGCUGGGCCACAAAGGCGGCGGGGUGGUGAAGGUGCUGGGCCAGGGGCCGCCUCCCGCCGCCGCCCCUGCCGGCAGCGAGCAGACCCCGGACGCCGAGCUCCGGAGGGACGUGGAGCCACCGCCCUCGAGCUGCACUCCCGGUGCUGUCGGGGGCCCUGCGCGCGCGCCUCCCGCCGACCUGCCGCUUCCCGGGGGCGCCUGGACACGCGGCGCACCCCGCGCCAGCCCCGCGCCCUCGGACUCCAGCCCCGGAGAGCUGUUCGCGGGUGGCCCCGGUUCCCCGCCCCGCGCCCCGCACCCGGCCUCCGACACCGAGAGCUUCAGCCUGAGCCCCAGCGCCGAGAGCGUGUCUGACCGGUUGGACCCCUACAGCAGCGGCGGCGGCUCCUCGUCGUCCGAGGAGCUAGAGGCUGACCCGGCACCGGGCUCGACCGGGGCUCCCGGGCCGCCGCCCCUCCGCCCUGGCUGCCCCGCGCAGCCUCCACCGCCGCCCCCGAAGACCUCGCCUCCACUGCAGCCGAAAACCCCGAGGGGUGUCGAUGGCACAGGCGGGAUGGCCGGCCAGGGUCCCCGAGAGGGUAAGGUGGCGGCUGCAGCUCCGGGCGGUCUUCCGUCGACUCCGGGGAGGAUCCGGGAGACCGCGCAAAAGACGUCUUCACCGCCUUCCCUGUAUGUACAGUUCCACGGAGAGACUACCCGGCGCCUAGAGGCGGACGAGAAGCCAUUGCAGAUCCAAAAUGACUACCUCUUCCAACUGGGAUUUGGGGAGCUGUGGAGGGUGCAGGAGGAAGGCAUGGACUCGGAGAUUGGCUGCCUCAUCAGAUUCUAUGCAGGAAAACCUCACAGCACUGGGAGCUCCGAGCGGAUUCAGCUCUCAGGAAUGUACAAUGUCCGAAAAGGCAAAAUGCAAUUGCCAGUGAACCGAUGGACAAGACGCCAGGUUAUCCUGUGUGGGACCUGCUUGAUAGUGUCAUCUGUGAAAGACAGCUUGAGCGGAAAGAUGCAUGUUUUGCCACUGAUUGGUGGGAAAGUGGAAGAGGUGAAGAAGCACCAGCACUGCUUAGCCCUCAGCUCCUCGGGGCCCCAAAGCCAGACGUACUACAUCUGCUUUGACACGUUCACGGAGUACUUACGGUGGCUGCGGCAAGUCUCCAAGGUUGCAUCCCAACGCAUAAGCUCAGUAGACCUCUCGUGUUGUAGCCUUGAACAUCUGCCUGCCAAUCUCUUCUACAGCCAAGACCUUACUCAUCUCAAUUUAAAACAAAACUUCCUAAGGCAAAACCCCACCCUCUCAGCUGCCAGAGGACUUGGUGAACUGCAAAGGUUCACCAAGUUGAAGAGCCUUAACCUUUCCAAUAACCACCUAGGAGCCUUUCCGUCAGCAGUCUGCAGCAUUCCAACCCUGACAGAGCUGAAUGUGUCUUGCAAUGCUCUUCGAGAGGUCCCCGCAGCUGUCGGAGCUAUGCAGAACUUGCAGACGUUUUUGCUGGAUGGGAAUUUUCUCCAGUCUCUUCCUGCUGAGUUGGAGAACAUGCACCAGCUCAGCUAUCUGGGUCUUUCCUUUAAUGAAUUCACGGACAUUCCAGAGGUAUUGGAGAAGUUGACUGCUGUGGAUAAACUCUGUAUGGCUGGGAACUGUAUGGAGACCCUCAGACUACAGGCUUUAAGAAGAAUGCCUCAUAUUAAACAUGUGGACCUAAGACUGAACAUACUCAGAAAGCUUGUAGCCGAUGAAGUGGACUUUGUGCAGCAUGUCACUCAACUUGACCUGAGAGACAAUAAACUUGGUGACCUAGAUGCUAUGGUUUUCAACAACAUAGAAGUUCUGCACUGUGAGAGGAAUCAGCUGGUGACAUUGAACAUUUGUGGCUAUUUCCUAAAAGCACUCUAUGCUUCUUCUAAUGAACUUGUUCAACUUGAUGUUUACCCAGUUCCGAAUUAUCUGUCUUCCAUGGAUGUCUCAAGAAACUGCCUAGAAAAUGUGCCUGAGUGGGUAUGUGAAAGCCGAAAGUUAGAAGUUUUAGAUAUUGGCCAUAAUCAAAUAUGUGAACUUCCUGCCCGCUUAUUUUGUAAUAGUAGUCUCCGGAAAUUGCUGGCAGGACACAACCAGUUGGCAAGGCUUCCUGAAAGACUAGAGAGAACGUCGGUGGAGGUCUUGGAUGUGCAGCAUAACCAGCUCAUUGAGCUCCCACCUAACCUUCUCAUGAAGGCUGACAGCCUGAGAUUCCUGAAUGCAUCUGCAAACAAACUGGAAACCUUGCCUCCAGCCACGCUUUCUGAAGAGACAAGCAGUAUCUUACAGGAGUUGUACUUGACAAACAACAGCCUCACCGAUAAGUGUGUGCCUUUGUUAACAGGGCACCCACGUCUGAAGAUCCUGCACAUGGCCUAUAACCGGCUUCAGAGCUUCCCAGCAAGUAAAAUGGCAAAACUAGAGGAGCUUGAAGAAAUUGAUAUCAGUGGGAAUAAACUGAAAGCCAUCCCAACAACGAUCAUGAAUUGCAGGCGCAUACACACAGUGAUUGCUCACUCCAAUUGCAUCGAAGUCUUUCCUGAAGUUAUGCAGCUCCCAGAAGUCAAGUGUGUAGAUCUGAGCUGUAAUGAGCUAAGCGAAAUCACAUUACCAGAAAACCUACCGCCUAAAUUGCAAGAGCUAGACUUGACUGGAAACCCUCGUCUUGCCCUGGACCACAAAAGCCUGGAGCUGCUGAAUAACAUCCGCUGCUUCAGGAUUGACCAACCUUCAGCGGGAGAUGCGUCUGGAGCUCCAGCAGUGUGGAGCCAUGGCUACACUGAAGCAUCGGGAGUGAAAAACAAGCUCUGUGUCGCAGCACUGUCGGUGAAUAACUUCCGGGACAACCGGGAGGCCCUCUAUGGUGUGUUUGAUGGAGACCGGAAUGUGGAGGUGCCGUACCUUCUCCAGUGCACCAUGAGUGACAUUUUGGCUGAAGAGCUUCAGAAAACGAAAAAUGAAGACGAAUACAUGGUCAAUACGUUCAUAGUCAUGCAAAGGAAACUGGGAACUGCUGGGCAGAAACUUGGUGGUGCUGCCGUCCUGUGCCACAUCAAGCAUGACCCUGUGGACCUUGGAGGAUCCUUUACCUUGACCUCUGCUAAUGUUGGCAAGUGCCAAACGGUUCUCUGCCGAAAUGGGAAGCCACUGCCUCUGUCCAGAUCGUACGUCAUGAGCUGUGAAGAAGAGCUGAAGAGAAUUAAGCAGCACAAGGCCAUCAUCACUGAGGAUGGCAAGGUGAAUGGAGUGACAGAGUCCACACGCAUCCUGGGCUACACCUUCCUCCAUCCCAGCGUGGUGCCUCGCCCCCAUGUGCAGUCAGUACUUCUGACUCCACAGGAUGAGUUCUUCAUUCUGGGCAGUAAGGGGCUGUGGGACAGCCUGUCCAUUGAGGAGGCGGUGGAGGCUGUGCGAAAUGUGCCAGAUGCUCUGGCUGCCGCCAAGAAGCUAUGUACCCUGGCCCAGAGCUACGGCUGCCAUGAGAGCAUCAGCGCUGUGGUAGUGCAGCUCAGUGUCACCGAAGACAGCUUCUGCUGCUGUGAGCUCAGUGCUGCAGGAAGCAUGCCACCACCUAGUCCAGGCAUCUUCCCACCCUCCGUCAACAUGGUGAUAAAGGACCGGCCCUCGGAUGGACUGGGCGUGCCAUCCUCCAGCAGUGGCAUGGCGUCGGAGAUCAGCAGUGAGCUGUCCACCUCUGAGAUGAGCAGUGAGGUGGGCUCCACGGCCUCCGAUGAGCCCCCCUCCGGGGUCCUGAGCGAGAGCAGCCCCGCCUACCCCAACGAGCAGCGCUGCAUGCUGCACCCCGUCUGCCUGUCCAACUCCUUCCAGCGUCAGCUGUCCAGCGCCACUUUCUCCAGCGCCUUCUCCGACAACGGCCUCGACAGUGACGAUGAAGAACCCAUUGAGGGUGUCUUCAGCAACGGCAGCCGGGUAGAGGUAGAAGUGGACAUCCAUUGCAGCCGGGCCAAGGAGAAGGAGAGACAACAACCCCUGCUUCAGGUGCCAGCUGAGGCCAGUGAUGAGGGCAUUGUCAUCAGUGCCAAUGAGGAGGAGUCAGGCUUGUCCAAGAAGGCAGACUUUUCUGCUGUGGGGACCAUUGGGCGACGCAGGGCUAAUGGCUCUGUAGCACCCCAGGAAAGGAGCCACAACAUGAUAGAGGUUGCUGCAGAUGCACCUCUCCGAAAGCCGGGAGGCUAUUUUGCAGCCCCAGCUCAGCCAGAUCCAGAUGAUCAGUUUAUCAUACCCCCGGAGCUGGAAGAGGAAGUCAAAGAAAUCAUGAAACAUCACCAGCAGCAGCAGCAGCAGCCGCCGCCGCCGCAGCAGCCGCCACCCCAACCAGCACAGCCACAGCGGCAGUUCCAGGUGGACCACCUGCCAGACUGUUACGAUACACCACUAUGACCCAGUCUGAGUACUGUUUUAAACAAUAAACUAACCGGAGAGACUGAGAGAGUCUCCCAGGUUCACAUUAAACCAGGGGUGUUACUCCGUGCCCUUCUCCCAGACACUGCCCCACCCUGUCUGCAGCUCAUCUGUAGGUUCUCUUUGUAUUGGUUACUUUUAAUAAUUACCACUUUGUGACACUUUACCAAUAUGAUUUAAAUUUGUUAACUUUUUUCCCUAACAUAUCAAAUGUGUAAAGACAAAGAACAAAAGGUUUAAUAUAUUACAGAGAAAGCAGUUAAUGAUAAUGUAAUUUUUAAAAAUUGCUUUUUGUUGUUUUGUUUAUUUGGAAGGCAGGGCAAGUUGCCAUUGCUAAAUGACUUAAUAAUAUUGUAAUUGUGUAUUUUUUUGUGGGGAAAGGCUUUUUUUGUCUUGAAAAUGAUAGACAUUUGUAGAAUAUGGAGACUAACUCCUAGGAGUUGCUUUACUCUGUCAGGUGACUUAAGUCACUGGGACUCACUAAUUUUCUCUGAGAGAACAGUUGAUUGAGAAAUUUCUAUUGUAAAUAGCUAAGUGUUGCAUAGUGAUACUUAAAGUGUUUGUAGCCUUGGCGUAAGGACACAGCCUAAAUAACUACUCCUGCCCCUCUGCGGAGCCUUCCCUGCUCCAGCCCCACCCUGCUCAUCUUAGGUGUGGGCCAUCUGGUCAGUGUGCUUCUGUGUAGGUGAUGUGAUUCUGAGGUCACUGGACAGGAGCCUGCUCUGGGAACCUAGAACCUUUGCAGACACUUUGUAACUGUGUCCCUUACUGCUGCCACAGUCAGCAUGACUGUACAGAGUCCCUAGACCAUCUACACAUCCAGAGUUAUAUUGAAGCAGAAUGCACAAAUGGACAUGUCAUCAUUUUUGUUAUAAUAAAUAUGAAAUUUACAAGCACUGGAUCCAUUUGCAUUUGUCUCAGCACCCAGGUGUGUCUUACAGACAGUCAUACCAGCUUUCGAUUGGAAAGGAUGGAUUGAGAUUAACCAACAUUAUGGAUUGUGGUGUAUGUGUUUCCUUAAUACUCAACAAGUUUGUUGCAAAGAAUGAAUUGACCUUCUGGGCAGCUGUAUACACAGUAGGUGUUAUUCUUUUCCUUUUAUUAUUGUGCAGUGUAGACACUAACAGGGACUAGAUGGAGGUUGCUUAGGGGAGAGGCCCGGGAAGGUCUCCUCCGCAGAACCAUGUUGACUCUCGGUUCUUCCAGGAGAUCGUGUGAGCAGGUAAUGUACCUUGUAUUGAAACUGUGCAAAUUGAGAGCUGUAUAUAGAAGGCAGGUGGCUUCCAUUUCCAUCUGUCUCCCUUUAGGUCUGCCCUGAGUACUAUUGGACUAGCCCAGACCACUAACCUGGGGCCACAGGAGAAGAGUUAGCUCACUCCAGCACAGGGCUGGGCCCAGUACUGAAGGAGCCAGGUUUCCAAAGUGUGACAGAGACCAUCUGCCUUGGACUGGAAGUGGAGUCAUCUCAAGGGCCCUGAUCCUUCCCUUACUCUGCAUCAUGCCAUGUGAGUCGUGGAUCAGAAAAGCCACACAAGUGUCUAGUUUUCCCCAGUGACUUAUUUCCUGUCAAGCUGGCCUAGCUUUCCUAUUCAUCCAUGCUUGGAUCCCCAUUUCCAGCAGAGUUCACUUGUCACCUUUGUGGAAGAGGCCUUGAGCACAGUAUGGCUCUUACAGAGGGGUCAGAGCCUAUGGAGGGUGGUCAACAGUGAGUCCUUGUGGAUUCCUCGACCGCACCAGAGGCAGCCAUCCACCAGGACAAGCAAAAGAUGUGGGGGAAGCAGCAAACAGAGACGCUGUGUUUGUGUCCCCAGCUCCUCCGGUGCUGGCGUCUCUGUGGUCUCUGUCCGUUCUGUCGUGGAGACGCUGUACACACUGCAUAUAAGGAACUCUGCAGAUGUAGUACAUGGAGAGGGGAACAUUUCUUCUCUUGCACCCAUGUGAAGGACUUACCUACCUGUAAUUGUCCGUGCUCUUACUGUAGGAGCCUCCCCAGUUAUUUCCUAAGAAGGUUUACUCACUUCUGUCCACUUGUAAAGCUACUUAUAAAACUGAGGUGGGUUUUGAGCAUUAAAGUACUUGAUAAUACCUGAAGACCUCUGAAGCAGCCAUGGCAUCUGCACAGUGAGUAUUAUGGAGUAUUAUGGUUUUCCCUGAGGGGUGUAUUCUCCGCUUCCUGUGAGGAAACUCAGACCACUGGGAAAAGGUGUGAAGGGAAAGAGGAAGUUCGAGUGAGGCUGGUGACUGGCUGGGGCCUGGACACUGGUACCUGGUGGCUCAGCCACAUGCCGCCGCAUACGAGAUCUCCAGGCUUUCUGCCCUUGUCUACUUAGCCUGGCUCUGGUGAGGGGCUCCAGGCCAGAAUCUGGGGCCAGGGACCCAACCAGUGGCCUGGUUUCUUUUGUUGGCUUUUGUUAUAGCACCAUCUUCUGGUAGGCUUAGCUUUGGGGAGGACAUGAGCUCCAUUGUGCUAGAAGAAACUUUAACAGUUUUCUUUGACAUGUAGUAGAACGUAAUCCUCACCACUAAUUAAGUGUGGCAGAGAUGCUGUAUUAGAUCCUAGUGUCUAUUGUACCUCCUAUCAGCUUCUGCUUUGUAAGGUGGUAUUGUUGAUGACCACCUGAUUCCUGUAAUGGGCAACUAUCCCAUGGGAAAUUAAAAUACAGAAAUAACAUGUAAUCAGAAUUAUAAUCCUGUCCAGCAUUUGUCUAGCCCUGCAUUCCCUAGGGUUAGGAAACAAAGCAAAACAAAGCUUCUGUGGUAUGCUUGACAUCUUACAGAGUCACAUCUGCAAUGUCACUACUGGCCCUAACCAAGGGCUGCUGGACUAUGUGGACUCUCCUUGGACACUCAUCAAAGGGUCUUUUGAAUUCAUCCCUGAUACAAAGCAGAAGUGUCUCUGUAAAGGUGGGGGUUGUAUUGUCUGUAACUGCCUCCCCAGUGACCAGAUCUGUAACUCAGUAGGGCCAAGAGUCCUCACUAUUCCAACAUAGAACUGGGCUGAUCAGAAAAUCGAGAGCACAACACAAGUGCCUUCGGAAGUGACAAAUGGAAGAAAAGACGGACUGUGGUUAGGGAAAGGCUCCUCGUAUUUCUUGUCAUUGAAUGCUAAUUUGUUCUUCCAGUUCAUCUCUAGAAUCCCCAUGUUGUGCAAAUGACUUGAGGCAAACUGCUUUCAUCAUCGUCAUUGAUCUGGCCUGUGCUGAUGUUGAUCGAUAUGAUCGAUAUGUGUUUGGAAAUGCAAAUAGCUCUAAAGUA